GGAGACAACAGUGAGCCGCCUUCAAGAAGGGCGAAGGGGGCGGAGCAAGGGGCGGGAUUCCUGAGGAGGGGGCGGCCAUGGUAGCGGCGAGGCGGCACCGGCGGCCGCGACUGAGCGCGCGCCCUGCUUUGAAUGAGUGGGGCUGGGACUGAACGGGCGGAGCGCGAGCUCGAGAAGGCGACUGGCAGCGCGCGCGCACGCGCCCUGUGUGCGCGCGUGCCCCGCGGCAGCUCGGAGCCUCCGCCGGGCGGGCGGGGAGGGGGAGGGGCAGAUUUUUAUUCCCACCAUGGCCAUCACGCAAUUUCGGUUAUUUAGAGUUUGUACCUGCCUAGCAACAGUAUUCUCAUUCCUAAAGAGAUUAAUAUGCAGAUCUGGCAGAGGACGGAAAUUAAGUGGAGACCAAAUAACUUUGCCAACUACAGUUGAUUAUUCAUCAGUUCCUAAGCAGACAGAUGUUGAAGAGUGGACCUCUUGGGAUGAAGAUGCACCCACAAGUGUGAAAAUUGAAGGAGGGAAUGGGAAUGUGGCGACACAGCAGAAUGCUUUGGAACAACUAGAACCUGACUAUUUUAAGGACAUGACACCAACUAUUAGGAAAACUCAGAAAAUCGUUAUUAAGAAGAGAGAACCAUUAAAUUUUGGCAUCCCUGAUGGUAGCACAGGUUUCUCAAGUAGAUUGGCAGCUACACAAGAUAUACCUUUUAUUCAUCAAUCUUCGGAAUUAGGUGACUUAGAUACCUGGCAAGAAAACACCAAUGCGUGGGAAGAAGAAGAAGAUGCAGCCUGGCAAGCAGAAGAAGUUUUGAGCAGAAAAUAGCAGACAGAGAAAAAAGAGCAGCAGAACAACAGAGGAAGAAAAUGGAAAAGGAAGCACAGAGGCUAAUGAAGAAGGAACAAAGCAAAAUUGGUGUAAAACUUUCAUAACAAAUGUUCUUCAGGUAUUAUAGUGCCAGUAGGAGAAGUCUGAGCUCCACCACAAAAGCAACAUUUGUAUGGAUUGAAGAGCAUUUUCAGAAUACAACACACUGCUUGAUUUUAAUGCAUUCAUCCCACCAUCCAGGACACCAGGAUUCUCUCAAAAUACCCUGAACUCUUAGUGGUUGAGACUCAAAAACGAAAAGGACUUAUGAGACAAUAUUUUCUUCACCAUGCUCCAAAUUUAAGACAAUUGUUUGCUGUACAGAAAUUAACACAAAUGGAAUAUAUCAGUACCUCUCAAGCUAGAGUUUCUAGCUUAAUAAAUGGGUGUAAAUAAUUUUAUGGUGGAAAAGAACUCUGCUGUCAUGAUUCCUUCAUUGUGAGUAAUAAUAAAAUAAUUUUAAUAUUCUUUUGUUUUCAAGAUUAUCUGACCUAAAUUAGACAAAUUGUAAGGCUUCCACUUCCUUAUUUUUUGUUGUCAAAAGCUGGUGUUGGCAUACAUUUUUCCUAAUUUGAACUGUUGUUUGAUACAACAUUAAAGAAUUUGAUGAUUUUGGUUUUCACAAAAAUGACAUUAAAUGCAAUAAUUUUAUUUAUCAUAAAGAUUUUGUACAUCAUUGUUUUCUUUUAGAUGAUGUAAUGUUAUUCGUAUUUGUAAUUUAUAUUGCAUGUAUAAACAUUGAAAAUCAACUAAAAUGACAAAUUUGUUUUUUCCUUAUUAUGACUUGUGAAUUUUAAGAACUGACAUUAGUAUACUGUUUUUCCCUUUCAUUAUGGAUAAGAUGUUAUGGUAUUAAGUACCUUGGUUAUUCUUUCCCCCUAAAGAGCCACUAAUUUAUAAAUGCAGAAAGCCAUCGGGUCUAACAUUUCAAAGUUCCUGUUAUUUCUGUAUCAGUUUUACAUAUUUGACAUUAUGCAGAUACCUAUGUUUUCACCUAAGAUAACAUUACAAAUUCAUUAAAUUAUAAACCAA